UAGAAAUAUCCACUCCUGACACCAGUGGAGCUAGUUUAGCCAUUUUUAGAGGUAUGGGUUUCCUAGUCAGAAUCGCUAUUGAUGCAGAUGUAAAAAAGCAGAUUAAUGAGAAUAAGAAAUUAGAUGAGAUAAAAAACUUGCAAGAUGAAAAAAAUAGUAAUGCUAGUCAGUUGAAUAAUCUAGACCAGCAAAUUGCUCAAAAACAGAAUAAACUAAAUGAUCCAAAUACUCCUGAAUAA